CUUUCCACACCCAGGCUGCGUGUGCAACAGAAUGAUGAUUGCUCGGUUUAUUCCCAAAUCUGCACAAUUUCAUCGAUGUCUAUCCCUAAUUUCCUCCGCACGCAAUUCGCAGCUCCAAAUCCCCUAAUCCCAAAUCCUAAUCGCAUUUCAUCGCCUCGGCCUCCUCAUUUUUCUUUCUUCUCCACCGGAGGGAACAAUGGAGGCCAUGAUUCCACCACAUCAACCACCGAUUUCUGGAAAAUGUCAUCGGAAAUUGACCAAGAUAUCCACUCCGUGUUCUCCAUGGAUCCCGGCGAUCCGCGGGAGUUUGGUGGAGGGGACGACGAGGGGCCAGUUGAAGAUUAUACACCGUGGAGUUUUUCAGGGGAAGGGAAGGAGCAACCGGGUGAUGAUUUGUUCGGCGGCGUUGAAUCCGACGGAGAAGAAAUUGGGAUUGCUAGUUUAGGAGAUGGAGUGGGAUUGGUUGUUGAAAAGAGUGAGGAGGAGAAACAGCUUGAAGCCGAGGCCAAAGCUUUGGCUGAUGCUCUCAAAGGUUCGGAUCUUUCAUUUGGUGACCUUAUAUUGGCUUCUGGGAUAACAGAUGAGAUGCUGGAUAGUUUAAUUGCACUGAAGGACUUUGAAGGCAUUCAAGGACUACUGCCUCUAUCUGAAAUAGAGGAGAAGCGUUAUGAGAAGAAUACUAAAAAGUCCGGCAGAGCUGAAAUAGAGCGCCAAAAACAAGAGGAAGCUGCCAAGGCACGCGUCAGGAAAGUAGACGAGAAGGGGAGGUCUUAUGGAACAGGGAGAAGGAAAUGCAGCAUAGCUCGUGUUUGGCUUCAGCCUGGUGAUGGAAAUUUUAUGGUGAAUGACAAAGAGUUUGAUGUAUACUUCCCUAUGCUUGAUCACCGUGCUGCUCUUCUUAGGCCUUUCUCUGAAACAAAAACAUUGGGCAUGUGGGAUAUCAAUUGUACUGUUAAAGGAGGUGGCACUACAGGUCAAGUUGGAGCAGUCCGAUUGGGCAUCAGUAGAGCAUUACAAUGCUGGGAGCCAGGAAUGCGCCCUCCUCUGAAACAAGCUGGUUUUCUGACGAGAGAUUCAAGAGUUGUGGAAAGGAAGAAACCUGGUAAAGCGAAAGCUAGGAAAAGCUUCCAAUGGGUCAAACGUUAACCAUUUUGCAGUCUUCAUCUAUGUCUCCAGUUAUACAGAAGCAGUGCUAGUUUUUGCUAGUUUUUUUAUCAAUAUGAUAUAAAGCUAGUUAGGUUUGCCGUUUUUGUAAUACUUCCUGUAGCCCCAACAUUUGUUCCGGGGCUUCUUGAUGUUUCAAUGUUCAUCGUCUUCCCCACC